UGCUUCCCGCCGCCCUUCAUCCUUGACGGCUUCAAUGCUUUCAAUGCAGGCUUCAAUGCAAGUCAAUCCGGCUUUAUUCUAACCUCCAUCCAUCCCUCCUGGUAUCUGGUGAAUUUGUGAGUUGGUAAUUGUGUGAAAUCUGCUCCAUAAGUACGUAGGUAUUGAGAUGAUAGAAGUACUUCCUUUCACUCAACCAAAUCCAACACUGUCCUUCCCACAGGGCCCUAAUUCCCAUACUGGGAACGGAAUACUUCCGUCCAUCUGCCACCGUCUGCAACAAGUUCUUGUAUUUGCUUCCGUCACGCCGCCCAACAACUUAAGCCUUAAUCGUGGUCAAGACAAUUCCCUCGCCAGUCAAUCUCGCUAGCGGUGAUGAUGGAUUCACAACCUUUGGAAACAUGCCGUCCGACCUCCCCUCCAAACGCGCCUUCGUGACCGCUCUCUGCGCCUCCAUUAAGCUUGGGACCAGCAAUGCGGACAAUCCGCUGGAUCUCCAUCAACAGGAUCAACGAGAUGCCUUCCUGACCCUCCAUUCCAUCUUCCCUUCCGAGCUUCUCGCCGCGCUGGAUUUGAUGGAUCGGAAACUCAUCACGAAGGUCGUCUGCAAACAACGACCAGAUUCACGCGUUGGCUCCCGAGAACCGUGGCAGUCGGCCGCUACGUAUCUCGUCCAGUCCGCCCAAGCGGAACCGUCGGACGCUUCCGCUCGCACCACCCCUAUGGCGGCGGGAAUCUCAGAAUCCCCGAUUCAGGAGCUGCAACAACCAACCGCGGAACUGGUCUACGAAGUCAGUCUCGCCUCCUGGAACUGCUCCUGUCCAGCGUUCGUCUUUGCCGCGUUCCCUCCGGACGUCGACGUAGUGGGCUUCGAGCAAAACCAGCACGUGCAUAGCGUCGAUGCGGGAGAGGUUGGCGCUCCGUCGUACGGCGGGUGUAGUCUGGAUAGUCGGCUUGCGGACGAGACGGGGUCCGUACCGGUGUGCAAGCAUAUACUGGCAUGCUAUUUGUUGGAGCGAGGGGAAUUCGGAUCGUCGAUUUCGAUGAGAACCAGAGAAAUCACUACAGAUGAAAUGGCAGGUUGGGCAGCGGGAUGGGCGAGUUAACGUCACCGGGAAUCUCCAUGCUCUGCUCAUACAACAACCUGGGAGGGGGGUUACCGGUCUCAGUCCUAUUCAAUGAACUAUGGAAAUGGUGC